AUGCAUAGACUCAUAGAUAUAACAUUAUGUCUUGGUAUUGGGGGAAAACCAUUUCGUGGGCACAAUGAAAAAGAAGGUGAUGCCCAUAGAGGGCUUUUUUUGGAUUUAGUCAGACUUUUAACAAAAUACGAUCCUAUUUUAAAGGAACAUUUUGAUUCUGGACCUCGUAAUGCAUUAUAUCAUAGCAACCGUAUACAGAAUGAUAUUAUUGCAUCAAUAAACACAGUGUUGAAAAAUAAAUUGAAUAUUAAAAACUGUCCAGUAGAACAGUUUGUGUGCAUGAAGAGGCUAUUAUCUACUGAUGCACAAAGUAUAUUUAAUACAUUAUGUGAAGUCAUUGAACAGUAUGAAAUUCAAUGGCAAUCAGUUUCAUCGGUUUGUUUUGAUGGUGCUGCUGCAAUGUCUGGUGGUUUGAAUGGAGUGCAGGCCAAAUUUAAAGAAAAAAAUGAUAAAACAGUUUUUGUACAUUGUUACGGACACUGCCUCAAUCUGGUUUUAGUUGAUUCAUUGGGAAGACAAAAUAGAGUAACAUUCGAUUUUUUUGGAACCAUACAAUUAAUUUACAACUUUAUAGAAAGUAGUUGUACAAGACAUGCAACACUUGAAAAAGUAGCUAACUCUGCAAAUAUAAAACUAAAAACAUUAAAAUCCGUAUCAAAUACACGCUGGGCUUGCCGUGCUAAGGCUGUUUCUGCUGUAAAAUCAGACUAUGGACCUAUAUUAAUUGCAAUACAAGAAAUUGGUGAUGCUACGAAACAACCAGAUGUUAGAGCAAAAGCACUUGGAUUAAUUCAUCAGAUGAAAACUUUUGAUUUUAUAUUCGCUCAACAGAUGUUACACCCGAUUUUGACUCUUAUUUUAAAGGUAAGUAUGGCUUUACAAAGUUCAAAUUUGGAUCUUAUAACCGCAGUUUCUCUCAUAAAGUCAUUAAAAUUAUCUCUAAAGUCUAUGAGGAAUGACAAAUAUUCAUUUACAAAUAUAUACAAUAAAACUCUAGAAAUAUGUGAAGAGAAUAACAUUUCCAUUCCUGAUGUGAAAAAAAGACGAGUGUCUUCUAAAAUUGACUAUGUAAUGAUUUCAAGUAUAAGUGAUCGCUUCAAACAAGAAACAUUAGAGUUAAUUAAAAGUGUUGGUAAUAUGCUUAAAUUAGAAACUAAUAACGAAGAUACAAUAAUAAUUGCUUCAGCUUUUAAUUUGGAUUUUCAUGGGUUAGAAUCAGAAAUUAUUUUGCUGAAAAAAUUGGAAAAUAUACCUUAA